GGGCGUCUCCUCCUUCGAAGCUGAUCCCUGCUCGUUCCUGUCGAAGGCGGAAGUUGACAGUUAGCUUCAGAAGCUAACAACCACAGGCGAAGGCACCUACGUCACACGUAGGAUGCGUGCGUCAUGUCUCUCCAGGACAUGUUAGAGGAGCAAAUGGGCGUAGCCAAGGCCUUGUGCCAGCGCGCCGAGCAAAUCAGUCCAACCGUGGAAGGACGCGGAAAACUUUGUGGCAAGCUCCGCGCCGAGCUGCGUUUCCUGCAACGGGCAGAAGGCGGCGAGCUUCUGCUCAAAGAGUCUCAGCUUCACAGCACCAACCUCACACACCUGAGUGCUGUGCUGGAUUCGGCUGAGAGCUUGGAGGACGUGGUGGCGGUACUCCACGUCUUCUCCUACCGAGACGCUGCGGGCAACAAGCGCACGCUGGUGGUGGACGUGGUGGCCAAUGGUGGUCACACGUGGGUCAAGGCGGUGGGCAGGAAGGCCGAGGCGCUGCACAACAUCUGGCAGGGCCGCGGCAGCUACGGCGCCAAGAGCGUGGUCGGGCAGGCCGAGGACUUUGUGUGCGCCAGCCGCCAGCAGCCCGUCGAGUACCUCCACCCUCACAUCGUCUUUGCCUUCUACAACGGCGUGUCCAGCCCCAUGGCGCGGCGCCUGGAGGAGAUGGGGGUGGCCGUCCGCGGGGACAUCGUGGCCGUCAACGCUGUGCCAGCAGCGGGAGAUGAGGACCACGAGGACAGCGGGGAGGAGUCAGAGCUCACCCGGGUGGACCGCACCACGUUGGUUGCAAGCCUGGCCUUCCCUGCAGCGGUGCGUAGCGAGGAGUGCGGCCGCGUCAACAUGGACAUCACCGCGCUCAUCGCCUAUGUGUCAUCACUGAGCCAUGGCCGGUGCCACCUCUCCUUCCGGGAGCCCGUCCUGACGGAGCAGGCAGCCCAGGAACGGCGCCAGCCGGUCCUGCCGCUGCUGGACAACUUCAUGGCGGGCAAGGAGCUGUACGCCUGCAGCGCUGCUGUGGCCGACUUCCGUCUCAUCCUGGACACACUGGGCGGGCCCGGCGAGAAGGAGCGCGCUGGCCAGCUGCUGGCGCGCCUGCACCUGGUGGAUGACCAGCCAUCAGAGCGAGCGUUGGCGCUGGUGCCCAGCGCCAAGGUCAACCGCCGCUCGCUCUUGAUCUUUGGGACCGGGGACUCGCUGCGUGCUGUCACCCUAACGGCAAAUGGCCGCUUCGUCAGGGCCGCGGCCAAUCAGGGCGUCCGAUUCAGCGUCUUCAUGCACCAGCCGCGGGCGCUCACCGAGGGCAAGGAGUGGAGGGCCUCGCACAUCCAAACUUUUACCCCAGGUCCGAUGAGCGGCUCAUGAGGGAUUUUUUUUUCUUGCGCUAAUAAAGCAUGGGAAGCA